AUGAUGGAAAAUUCAAAUUAUAUAAAUAGAGGAAACUUCGAUGGAAGAUCCCUUAAUAAAAGAAAUAGAAGAAGAAAUAGGAACAAACCAAAUAAAGAAGAAAAAAUAUAUAUACCAAAAAGUAGUAUAACAAGUAAUUAUGAUAGCGGGAGGGCAAAUGACUUAACCAGGAAAUUGAAUGGAGUUAAUCUAAUGAAUGAAAAGAUCGAAACGACUACUCAUCCAGGAAGUAACAGGGAAAACACAAUAGUUUCAUCAACAACAGAUGGCAUUGGUGGAAUUGUUAGCAGUGAAAAUGUUAGCAGUGAAAAUGUUAGCAGUGAAAAUGUUCGCGGUGGUAAUGGAAGUGGUGGUAGUAACUGCGGUAGAUAUAAUGGUAGUUUAGUGGUAGACAAGGGUAGCGAAGAUGAAAAGGAUACAGUUAUAAAAACAAAUAAUUCUCAUAAUAUAAUUAACGGACAGGAGGAAAAUAUAGAAGGUAAAGAAAAAAAUUAUUUAAAUAAUGGUGAACUUGUAGAGGAACCAUUAGAAUUUGAAGAAAAAUUAAAAAUGUGGAAAGGUACAGUAAAUUCAAUAAAAGAAAAACGAGAAGACGAAAUAAAAUUACAACAACAGAGACAACUAAAUGUUGAAAACAUAAAACUUGCUCAUACUUUAAACAAGGAAGAAAAAAUAUCCGAAAAAAUGUAUUUAGAGCAAUUAAAGAAAGAUGAAGAAUUAGCAAAACAAAUUGAAUUAGAAUUAAAUAAAGAUAUAAGAAACGAAUUGAGUUUAAUGGAACAAGAAGACUUUAAACUAGCAACUAUUAUUCAAAAUUCAUUUGAGUCUGAACAAAGCACAACUUGUGGGGAUGAUAAUUAUAAAAAAAAGUCAAAGACUAAAUUGUUUACAGAAAAGCUAAAAAGCUUCUUUAGAAGGAAGUCUUCUGCAAAUAAUUAG